UCAGUCAGUUAAUAUUUGCAACUUUGAAGAAAUAGUUCUGUGCAAAAUGGUGUCAAUAGUGCUUCUGACAACAGAAGAGGUGCUUCAAAGAAAUGGAUUCUGGUAUUGUUUGGACAGUGUGUGGAUCGCGGAAGAGUUGGAGCCAUUCGAGGAAGUAAAACCUGAACAUGUUUAUUCAAAACCACUGUCGAAGGACCUUUACUACACGAAAUUCCCUGAUAUACCACGCAGUGAAUCUGAAGGAGAAAAUUCCAUAAGCUUCAAUGGAUUUAGAACCAAACACCGGGAAUGGAGAUCGAAAAUACGUAUCAGAAAAUUCGACGCACAAAAAAGGAAUUCAAUGCAAUUGAGCAUCAGUAUUCAGUCAGCGAAUAGCAACAGUUCAUUGAACAAGCAAUCAAGGAGAGUUACUUCCAUAGUCAAUUUAUCUGAGAACCAAACGCCCCAAAUUACUUCACACGGCCAGACCGAUGAUGACAAGAAAGUCAGACAUUUUUUCGAACGCUUGUUAAAAAGUAUACCUCCACCGCCGCUGCACGAUUUGCAAGAAAGCUCAAACAACGCAAUCAGCUGUUCCAUAACCGAACCGCCCAAGGAAAACACAUGUUUUGACGAUAUAGACUUACCCGAUUACGCUGACUUCGAAAAAGACAAAAUAUUGGAAAUUAAAUCUAAAAAAAAUACAAUACCAGCUGGUACAUCGACGUGGAAAAAGAUAAAACGGAAAGUCACUUUUAAUUUGAAAUCAAAUAAAUCUGAAUUCGAAUAUCCUGAAUCGUGGUAUGAGUCGAUUUAUGGGGUAUCAGAUAUGAUAGUUGCAGCUCCGAGUGAAACACGCAGUUCUAGUACUACUGAUGAAAGUGGUGAUAUUUUGAAUGAUGCUUGUGAAAUGGAGUUUGACUCAUUGUCGAACGAGAUUAAUAUGAAUUCUGUUAAUGAUGUAGGCUCCAUAAAUGACCCUAAUGAAUCUGAGCACAUGGCUUCAUGGUCUGAAAUAAUGAGUUACUGCGGAGUGAGUGAUACAAUUUUAAGAUCUGAGGAUUCGUUGAAGCAAACAGAUGAUAUUAUUAGUAGAUCGCAUUGCGGUGACGUACGAUCUUUCGAAGUGUUGGACGAGGAUGAGGUUGACGAAGAAGUUGGUUAUGCCAGAUUCGCUGUAUACAAAAUACACCAAACAUUGCAAUUAGAAGGUGGAAUGGCAGAUUCAUCAUCAAUGAGAGAUUUAAAAAUCGAGGAAGAUAAUAAAAUUCCAGAAAACAAAGCAAAUCAAGCAGCCAGCUCUUUUAACAGAAACAUUUAUCGUUUAGCGCCAGUAGAUAUAGAUUUGCCUCCAGAGAACGAGUUGCAGAAGAAUUCUGAUCGCGUGCUCUCUGAGCACGAGCUGCGGGUACAGAGAUCGCUGCAGAAGCUCAAUGUGCCUGAAUGGUAUAAAAACGCCCCAACGCCUCGAGAGGGCUUUUUACUCCGAAAGCGAUUAUCUGACGCAUCAGCGUCAGCGACACGAUGGAGCGGCCUCAACUCGAAGACCACGUCGCUGGGCAGCCUGGGCGGCGUCACCGCCCAGCCGCCGCCGCCGCAGCUCUCGCCGCACACCACCAGCUUCGGAAGGUGGUCUACUAGCCGACUUAACUCGAAUCAAACGUCACCUUGCUCAUCUACGCGCAGCAGUAUCCGCGGGACGAGCCCGCUCUGCUCGCCUUCUACCAGGUCUUCCUUCAGCGCCCGGCAGCCGUACCUCGGCUGGAGGAGUCAGGAACGCCUCAAUAACACUCCACGGACACCGCAUGAGAGGCUAGCGUCAUCUUUACUCCAGCAGUCUGCUUCGGCGAAGGCGGCCGAAGAGAUCCAAACCUCUAUCAAGGAGGUGACUUCAGCCAUCGUGCACUACGUCUCAGGAUUGGAGCCUUCCAACGGAGAUAUUGAUCGGCAGCCUUCCCCGCGCUCCAGUCAGAAGCUGUACUGGCUUGAGAGCUCUUUUGUUGGUACGAAACCGCUGGAGUCCCCACAGACUCCCCUAGUGGUGUCCGAAGCGCUGCCGCCGCCGCACCCGCGACCGCCGUCGUCGCUUCGGCUCGACCACCGCGCCGCGCCGGACUGGCAAGACACGCGCCCCCUUAACCUGGGUAUCGCUAGGCCGUCUCCUGGGUCCACGACGCUCGAAGACGUGCUGGACUCGCUCUUGGGAUUGCCUUCGCAGCCGACCAGAAUCCCAACCCCUCAGCCCAGUCCUAGGAAGGCCUCUAGUCCAUAUUAUUUGAUGGGUGGCAAGAGCCCUCGCUACGAGCAGCUGGUAAGCAGUGGGCCGAGCACGAGCUCGCCUGCCUCUCGCUUCAUCGGGACCCCCAGCGAAGCCCCCAGCUCGGUCACAGACAACAGCCCCGAGCGACCAGGCAAGGAUACAGUUGAUAGCCCUGCCGCGAUGCAGGAGUCGCGCCGGCCGCGGUCCGCGCAGGGCGAGCGCUCCCGGCGCAGGAGCGAGCCUUUCGCGCAGCCCAGCGCCUCGUGCGACCGCCGCACCAGCCUCGACGCCGCCGCCCUCCGGCCCUCAGACUCACACCUCACUCACCACGACUCCAAAACCUCCCUCGCCUCCCUCCAAACGGACAACAGCACCGACGACGCGUUCGUCAAGUGCAAAUACCCCAAGUGCACCUCCCGGGCUCCCCUCGCGGACGCCAAACGACACUACAAAACCUGCCACAACUGCACCACCAUGUACUGCUCCAAGGAGUGCCGAAGGGCGCACUGGGAGAAGCACAGAAAAGUCUGCCUGCACUCUCGCACGAGCGCCCUCUGCAGACAAAUCAUAGCUGCCGCCAAGGAAGACGCCGAUUCGCUGCACCAAAUCAGCACGAUAGCCCACAAAGGCUACCUGGCGCUCGGCCGAGGCGUCGUCAAAGUCUUCUUCACGAGUCCUGAGGCUGCGGAAAAAUUCGUCACGCACGGCUUCCAAUAUCUAAGCGAGCCUGAAUUCGUGAAGUGGACGUCUCUCCAGCCCAACGAGAUGGGCGUCGAGUUGUACACGGAGGUCGUGAAGCUGUGCAAAGCGUACAACCCCGAGACGAGGGUGAUAUUAUACGUGGCUGUGUGCAUCAUAAGCGAAGUGCCGACGAAGGGUGCUGUGAAAUGGGAGCGGCAGAUGGUGUCGCGGUGCGCCAAGUUGCGUUUGAGCAAGACUGUCACGGCGGCCAUCCAGGAGCAGAACCGCCGGCGCCACAGGCGGGACAGUAAGGGCACGCCCGAGGACAGGGAGACGUUGAUCCUGACAUCGAAGCUGUGCAACGCCGGCGAGAAGAAUGCCGCCACUGCUCACAAGUUUAGGGAGAUAUGCUUCCACAACAUAUCGCACGAGCUCGAGAAGCGAGGGGUCGCGAUGAAGAAGCACUUCCCCGAAGUCUACUCGAGGCUGGCGGCGUACGUCGACGGCACCAGCGAUAGGUUCAUCCCUAUGACUAUUUACCCUAAAGAUGUGACCAGUGGCCGGUCGUUUAUGUGUAUAAUCAUGCCUGAUAGUGAAAUGGAUAGUGGAUCGCCGGUAGACGGCAAAGCGGUGACAGUGGACGUGGGCAUAGACCGGUCGCGACACCAGUUGUCUACUCCUAUGUGAAAGACUUAUGUAGUAGGUAAUAUCUGGCAAACGCAGACGCACUUAUUGUCAAGGGCAGUCACGAGCGUGUAUGAUGCUCUGAGAAUCAUCGUCGUAUAUGCCCUUACUUGCGAAAUCGCCACGUGGCGGUUUUAUUUAAUAUUUUACUCUCCCUGAAUCUCGUGUGUGAAUGAUGUAACGUUUAAUGUGCCCUUAAAUUGUAAUUAUUUUAGAUAAUGUAAUUAAAGUCUAAGAUCAAAUCAUAGAUACAUAAACGCAAAAAAUAAAUUACAUAACAGAAGCGAUGAAGUACAAUCGAGAGCAAAAUGUUUAACAUUAUGUAUUUAUUUUUGAAUUGCCUUUGAUCCAUAAUCUUGUCUAAACUGAAUGUUUCCUAAUUUUAGUGCUUACAAGUAUGAUUGUUGUUUUCUCGUUGAAAUAAAUGUUCACUUAUUUUAAGUAAAAAAAUAUACAAUGUUGUGACGCAUGUUAUAAAAAGUACAUU